AGUCGCCCUCCUGUCCGUCAACCUCUGUGAGACUGCCAGAGAGGAUGAACUCGAACCAGGACCAGUAGAGGAGGAUGCGGGGAACGUCCGCUCCGCCUGCCUCAGGGAAGCAGAGGCCGUUUGAAGAACGCGCCGCGGCGGUUUCGACGUCUCGACGUCAUUCCGUCAGUCCGACUCGAGCUCCAGUGGGAUGGAGCAUGUUCCUAUCAGUGGAACGUGCCCGGCGGGCCUUGAAGGAAGAGGUGCAGAACCUAGCUGCCUUGGCAAGCAAAGCCUCAAAGUCCAACGAAGCAGAGGUCGCGUUAGAAGAAAAGCGUGAGGUGAAAGACCCGUUGCCCCGACGGCUGACUGGUGGUCUUAAUAACGAUCAGGUAGUUAAUCGAUUGGAGCUGCAGAUUGAUGCGCUGAGAGAGAGCAACGCCCAAUUGCUGGUGCGUCUGUGGGCAAAAGAGGAGGCUGACUUACAGACAAAUUCGGAUCUACGCCUUGAGAUCAAGAGCCUACUACGCCGCCUGAACGCUGUCGAAAAUCUGACAAGGUUUCAGGUUGAAGAGAACUACAAGUUACGGAGCAGCAUGAUCCAUCUGUCACAAAAUCUGGAAAAGUCUGAAAUGGAGAAUAAAGCUGCCAUCCAAAAGUGGUGCGACGAAGUGGCGAAGUGGAAGUCCGAAGUGGAGAAGCAGAGGAAGUGUUAUUCUGAUUUGAUGCAUAAGCUGUUGAGAUCCACGCGAACCGCCGGGCAGGUGCAGGUGAUCGGGCAUUGGAGUCGACAUAAGGAGGCGGAGCUCUCCCAGCGGAAGGGAGCUUCGGCCAGGGAGAAGCAGAAGUCUGCGCCAUAUCCCGUGGAGUCAAGAAGAGCCGCUAGACAGGAACGCGUCCUUGAUGUGGAGCACAGUCGCCCUCCAGCUUCAUUCUCAGCACGUUACUGACCUUUGCUCAUUUCGUCAGUACUUAUGCAUGUCAUUUUGGGCAACCAUGUACUUUUUCAUUCUUAAAGAUCUUCUUAAGAAAGAUUAACUAAUCUACUGAGUCAGUAGUACUGACAUUUUGGUUUUGAACAAAAUUUUACAAUGGAAAUUAGUCAUACUUACUUGAAAAAUACUAAGUAUUAUUGUUGCUUACGAAUACGUAGUCAUAAGGAAAAACUCAGUAACGUGUUGAGAGUGUGGCCUCCUGUCGGACUCCGAAUGCUCUGUUGUCUUGCAAGUAAGCUGCUUUUCACACUCUCAGUCUGAAAUGGAUUUUUUACUCUAUUGCUUGCUCACCAGAUUACUGAGCGCGAGUUUGUGCAUUGGCUUUGCACGAAGUUGAGCACGGGUUUUGAAAGGCAUGAAUUGGUGCGUAACUAAGAACAAAAGUGUGCGUUGUUGCGCUUGAAAUUCGUGCAGACCGAAGCGCAUGCUCAAUUUUGAGCAAACUUAAGCGGAGGUAAACUCUCCACUUUUCUCUUAAGUACUUCUUAAAUACAAUUUUGAUCGUUUCUUAGAUUUAAUUGUUAAAAUUGCAUAAAAAGUACUCCUUUAGGCAAAAGAGAAAUUUAAUGAACAAAAUACUCUGUACAAUGAACAACAUCGUGCAAAGCUCAAGAGAAAGUAGCGCAUUGUAUGUCUUUUCUAUACAGAAAACUUUGUAUGCAAGAGAUAAAAAUUUCAGUUAACUGAUUAAAAAAUGUCAGUUCUAAUAGACUGUAGGUGCAGGUUGAAAAAAAUGUUAAAAAUGCCUUUGCUUAGGUCUGUUAUACUUUUCGAGAGGCCUCGCAAUGUUAGUGAAAUUGCAAGAUGUUUUGAUAACUCGCAAAAUUUAACGGGAUGUAACGAGCCCUCUGGUGUUAUCGUAAGAUUUUAAGAUAUCUGACGGUGAUCACUCUGCAAACUAAAGUGUGUACAUACAGGCUGGGCAAUCCCCAGCCGAGCAUCGAGGAAGCGGUUGUAGAGCGGGGGUAACGUUCUUAGGGCAGCAUUCAAGGUUCCUUUCGUCACUUCUAACAAUGCGUUUUUUGUGUCAUAUUUGGUAAGAAAAAUAGUUAUCUCAAAUACAACUAGUAUUAUUUUGUUUCAGAAAUGUAAAUAUCAUUUAACUUUUGUUUAUUGUGCACACUAAUGUGCAUUGACAUUCUCUAAUUUAUGUUGGGCUAUGCAGAUCGAGUUCUUAUGAAGUGUGUUUAAAUAUGGAUUAUGGACCACAAUUGAAAAAUAAAAUUUACUUUUUUUAUAUAAAAUAUAUGGAUGUCACUAAUAUAAAGUUUCUAAAAUUAUCUCUUUAGCUCGGAUGAUGCAUCCAGGAAUGUUGCUAAACUUUUUAUUGAGAACCUGAAACUGAAGAAACCGGAAGGUGAGCUCACCGAUCAGAGCAUAUUCAGACAUGAAAAAGUUUUUGAGAUUUGCAAUUUAUACGAAGAAAGGGAAAUUUCUGAUGAGUGCCGUCGUUUGACGCCCACAUACGGGGUGACUUGGACUCAAUCUCAAAAAUAUCAUUUGGAGCUUCUUCUCAGUUCAUCUCACCGUUUGCCUUGUAAUACAACAUGAAGAUGGCGAUCGAGGACCUUAUGAGAAGUUGUGUUUAAGUGCCCGUCGUAAUCACCUCGGUAUGCCGGAGUCUCCCCAGUUUUACGGCACGCCCCAGUAGCCAUGGCCAAUAUGGAGCAGCUCGGAUAACAAGACCUGUCCGCAACGGCAUGAUGUGCGUGAUUUGCUGUCAGGGACGCCUCUGUGCGCUGUGCAUCGCUCAUGAAGUUGUAAACGUGUUGCCGAUGUAUAUCGCUACUUUUCCUGUUAUUAUUUAAGCAUUUCUAUCCUAAUUGAUGUUUACUCAUGUUUAAUCUAUUCAGUAUUUUGACAUGUAAACGAUGAAAUGUUUCUCUGUAAGCACAUCUACAAAGAAUAAAAACAGACCCAAAAAAAACUAUCCCACUAUCUCUGUGACAGUUGUUGCAUUUGAUCAAUUGGUCUCAGAUAUAGUGCCAU